AUGUUUUCGUCAAAUAAACGAAAGUCAAUUUCGGCAAAAUCUGCUAUAUCUCAAGCACGAGAUAAUAAUCCUUCCUCGAAAAUAACAACCACUACUACUACGAAAGCUCCGCCCUUACCUAAACGAGAGCCUAUAGCAGAUGAUAUUAAACCAUCCAAUGCAACGCCAUCUACGUCUUUUAGGGACACAUCGGAAAAGAAGAGCGAUUUACCGUCGAUAUUAAAACCAUCAACUUCAUAUAAUAAUAUCAUUCCUACCAAACCCUCAUCAUUACCAAUAAAGACUAGCAAAUCAAGUCAUGGUGAAUCUUCAAAUUCAAAAAAUGAUUCAAUAACCUCUUCUCCUACAAUAAAACCAUCACAAAAUGAGGGUAAACCUCGACGUAGUAGAAGUUCAACUUUAUAUCACGGAGAUCCCACUUUAGAGACAAAGAGUUCAUCAGGUUUCAGGAGCUCGAUGAUUGGAGAAAGUCCUUCUAGACUACCUAAAAAACAUAAACGUACGGGAUCAGCUCCUAUUCUAAAUAUUUCGACUAUGUCACUACCUGAUAAUAUAAAUAAAGCAUUUUCGACGAAAUCCAUGACAAAUUUAAAUAAUGAGUUUGAAGCUAAAAUUGAUAGAGAGACUCCAAAACAAUAUCUUGAAAGGAUGAUGUAUGGUGUUUCAAGAUCAAAAUUGGUUACCAUAUUAACGCAAAAAUCUGAUACUUUUCAUCAAACUGCACUUAAAGCUUACAUGGAACUUUUUGAGUUCGAAAAAGUUCCUAUUGAUCUUGCUUUGAGAAAACUUUUAAUGGAAUGUAAUUUGCCAAAAGAAACGCAACAAAUUGAUCGAGUUAUAGAAGCAUUUGCUAAAUGUUAUCACGAAUCAAAUCCUGAUUUAUUUCCUUCUGCUGAUACCCCUUAUAUGCUCGCAUUCUCUUUAUUAAUGCUUCACACCGAUUAUUAUAAUAAAAGCGUAAGGCAAAAGAUGACAAAAGAAGAAUUUGUUAGAAAUACUCGUAUCGAUGGCGUUAAUCCAGAAAUAUUGGAGAUUCUCUAUGAUAAUGUUACAUAUACUCAAUUCAUAUAUGCUCAAGAUGAUACUGAUGUUAAUGGUCAAACAAUGCUUGCAUCACCGACACAGAAUCGUCAAAGGAGGUUGUUCUCUUCAAAAGAACGAAAAAAAUCUAUACGUUUUAGAAACGAUCCUUAUUGGGUUAUACAAACUAAAUCACCUACGGAAUUUAAACCUAAAAUUAAAGAUAUUGUUCCCACGGAAAAUCCAUAUUCUUAUAUGGGAACCCUACCAGCUUUAGACACCACGGAUCUUCACCGUGUAUUUUCUACGUCUAAUUCAAUCCGAAUCACUGGUGUUAAAAAUAGACGUAAGAGCCAUACAUAUAAUGACACUCAAACAGAUGAUGAUGGAACUUAUUUUCUAAAUGUAACUAAAUGUGGUAAACUUGGAAGAAAGGUUGAUUUAAUCGAUGGUAAAAAGAAAAGUACUUUCAUAAGAAAUUGGAGAAUAUAUGGCGUCAUAUUGAGUGGUAGUCAAUUGAUGUUCUUUAAAGAUGAAAAAUCAAAAUUACCGAUCUUAAAACCUGAUGUAAUACUCAUGACAGGAGAUUCGGUGGCAGUAUAUGAUAAAAAUUAUGAGAAACAUAAAAAUGUCUUUCGUUUAGUAUGUCCAAAAGGACAUCAAUAUUUAUUUAAAGCCGAAAAUGAAGAAGAAAUGAAUGAUUGGAUAUCAAAAAUCAAUUAUGCUGCCACAUUUAAAACUGCUGGUUUAAAGAUGAGAAAUAUUCGGAAUCCGAAUAUUGGAAAUUUAAGACGAGGCAGUUUUAAUUUUGGAAUGUUUGGGUACAGUCAUGAUGAUGCUGCUAAAGAAGCACAAGGACGUACCAAUUUGAUUCGUUCAAAAACUAAUGAACUUCGGGGUAAAAUUACUACGUUAACAUCUCAGCUUCAAGCUGAUAUUCGAUUUAGAAACAAUCUAUUUCUAAUGAUGCCGUUUAAAGCAUCAACAAGAGAUCGUAUAUUAAAAGUUGCAACUUUAGUAGGAUCUCGACUAAAACAUACAUGUUUAGAAUUAAGUAAACUUGUAUGUUAUCAUGAAAUUUUGGAAAAAGAUUUAUGUUCAACGGUAAUGGAAGAUAAAACUUAUUGGCAAAAUCGAAGAAGUUAUUUUACACCUGUAGAUAAUAAUAUGGAUGAUAAAGUUGUGUCUUGUUAUACGACAGCUAAUUUAUCAACAAAAACUUUGGGAGUUCCUGAAACAUUUGGACGAUUAUUUGUUAAGGAACCAAUUAGUAGUAAUAAUAAAUUACUUGAACCAACUGAGAGAAACUCUGAAAGUAAUAUAAGACCUGCCACUAUGGCUUCAUUCCUUCGUACUUCUCCAUCAUCACUAUCUUUAAAUUCAAGUUCUGGUGAAUCUAGUAGGACUUCACUUUCAACCUAUGGUGAUAAUGAAGAGGGUAGUGAUUUUCAUGGAAAUAUUUCUGAGUAUGAACUUGAUGAUCGAGAUGAUUACAGUUUUAGAGAUGAUGCUAGUAGUAUAAUUGUACUUGAUGAUGUCAAAGAACAAUCGAAUGGAAGUGAGAAUGAAGAUUAUGAACCUAGUUUGAUAGAUGUUGAAUCUGUUUAUGAUGGAAAACGUUCGGAUGGAAUAGAAAUUCGAGUAACAGAAUUUACUGAAGUUACAUCAUCAUCAAAUGAUGAAAAAGGAAAGAAAUCUGAGCAUGAAGAAUUGAUUGUUAAAGAUGAUUCUAAUGCUCAACUUAAAAUUUCACGAACUCGGCCACUAUCAGUCUUGAGACCUAAGAGCGGUCAAGGAGAAAAAUCGUUCACAAGUUCAUAUAUGGGAAAAAAUAAUGUAUCGGUACCUGUUCUUGUUAUAUCUAAAGUUGAUGAUGAAUCAGGAUCGGAAGAAAAAACGAGUGAUGAUAUUAGUGACUAUUUUGUCGAUGCUGAGGAGUGGAGCCGUAAUUUUAUUUGA